CUCCAAUGCACCUUCUCGAAUCUCGACGUCUACGACCACUUGCGUUCCAUUCCAGGACGGCGAUCGCUCUCCAUUCUUAGACACAAAAACCAACCAUGCGCUGAUAUUUAUGACUUGAAGGGGAGGAACAGUUGCGAAUAUUAGAAGAUGGCAGAGCGUUAGUUCGACAGGUGGUAAGCACUGGUGACUGUAUCAUUGGAGAUGAUGGUACCGUGCGCGACAUUAGCUCCUGUUCUCCACCGUCAUCAUGUACUUCCACGACGACUUGGACGAACUCCUGGACUUUGAAGAGGUGAAGAUCGACAGACUACUCGAGGAUACUGCAAGCAAGUGGAAUUCCACUUGUCGUUUUCGGCCAGGACGCUCUGGCGUUUGGUGACGUCGUCCCGACAUUUUUUCGACCGUACCGUUCUCGUUCCAUGCGACCUCGUCCAGACCUCUGUCGACGUUUUGCAGAGACAACUCCCUCAGUUUCAGGUCACCCAGGAGAGGGGCUACGGCUUGAUGAACGACGACGGAAUCUGUGCACUCCCUCGUGCAGUUAUACUUAAAGGGCACAACUCGAGCAUACCAAAUCUUAUACAACCAGGGAAGAUACUGAUAGUUCCUCAGUCCCAUUUCCAUUUCGAUGUGACAGACUCCACACGGACGUGCGGCCUCAUCUCUCCGUUGGACCCCAGCGGCGAACCUCUUCUCUUCCCUACAGUGCCAGCCUUCCUCGAUGCAAUCAUCGAUACCUUCUGUGAACCAGUCGACGGCGUUGAACAUAUUCCCUUUGAAAUAUCAUACCUUUGGUUAUUCUUGAGCUCUCUCGUGCUGAAUAAUACGUCUUACGAAGAUGGGCCUAUCGAUCCCGAGACUAAGGAGCUCCUACCAUCCGCGAAGGAGCUGCUGGACGGAGUUAAGCCGGAGAAUAUCGCUUUUUUGGAAACGUAUAUGCGGACUGGCUCGAUAGGGGUGGCCCUUGAACUCAAAGCUGAACGCGCACGUCUCAAGAGUGCUCGUAUACCCAAACAACCUAUCCUCCCACUAUCCAACAAGACUCCUCCAUUUCCUUCCAGAUAUCAAGAAAGCCAUCAAACACCAGCUGGAAGAACUGCUGGGAGCAUACCACUCCAUUCUCGUUCCUUCUCACAGUAUCAUAGGCCACCCCCUCACCCACUUCUUUUUCAGUCGAUUCUCCGCAUGCUCAAUCCCAAGAAACUUCUUAUCCGUUAACGUUCUAUGUUUUGGAAUACAUUGUUGGUCUAAUUGGAGUUCCUGGAACGCCCUAUAUGCAUCCAUUUUCUUCUGUAUCCUCUCUGCCGUCUCGUUGUUUGACAACAAUGCCUCAGGAGAAAUAAAUCCAUAACUCUCUUAGUCUAUUUUCGUAUCCUUCGCCACCGAGGCGAAACUUCAAACGUAAC